UUAAAUUAACAAAAUAAGGGUUGAAAAAACGAUUGACUGGAGGACAUUAUCGUCCUAAGAAAAACCAUUCCUGGUGAAGCUAAAAAGGAACAAUGGCGGAAGGAAAAGAAAUUAGAAAUUAGAAAUCAUAUCCCUGAUUUAGGUUACAAAAACCUCAUAAACCCUUCGCUAACUCAGUGAGUCAGUCACAAAGAAAGCAUAGUACAUGGCGAGUCAUCUCCCUGACCACUUCAAGUGUCCAAUUUCUCUUGAAAUAAUGUCCGACCCAGUCAUCCUAUCUUCCGGUCACACAUUCGAUCGUCCUUCCAUCCAACGCUGGUUAGACGCCGGUCACAGAACUUGUCCAAUUACCAAACUACCCCUCCCUAAUAAUCCUUCCCUCAUCCCUAACCACGCUCUCCGAAGCUUAAUCUCAACUUACACACUCCUCCCACCACUUAACCAAAUUGUAAUUUCCCAACCCGAAACCCUAAUUUCAUCUCUAACUUCUCCUUCGUCUUCCUCCGAUUUCAAAAUUGACUCGCUCCGACAACUCGCACGCUUUUCUAAACGCGACGCCGUCUUCCGCCGCCGUCUCGUUGAUUCCGGUGCUGUCUCCGCCGUUCUAUUCUGCCUCGAUUCCUCCUUCGGUGAUCCUAAGCUUCAGGAGAAGGCUCUCUCACUUCUUCUUAAUCUCAGCCUCGACGACGACAGCAAGGUCGGACUUGUCGCCGAGGGAGCCAUCGCCCGCGUCGUCGAAUUCCUUCUCCGCGCGGCCUCGUCGGACUGCCGCGCUUUAUCGGCGACGAUAAUCACGAGCCUCGCCGUGGUAGAAGUAAACAAGGCGACUAUCGGUGCUUACCCGGGGGCAAUCGGAUCUCUGGUGGCGAUUCUCCGGGACGGGAAGGGAAGAGAGAGGAAAGAAGCUGCCACCGCGCUUUACGCACUCUGCUGUUUUCCAGAUAACCGAAAAAGGGCCGUGGAUUGUGGCGCGGUGCCGAUUUUACUGAGAAGUGUUGAUUGUGGACUUGAAAGGGGUGUCGAGGUUAUUGGUGUUUUGGCUAAGUGUAAAGAAGGUAGGGAACAAUUGGAAAGUUAUCGUGGUUGUGUGCAGAUUCUGGUUCGUGUAUUGAGAAAUGGAAGCUCCAGAGGGAUUCAGUAUGCACUAUUGGCACUUACUUCACUUUGUUUUCAUAGCCAGGAAAUGCUUAUGGUUACCCUGCAUGAAGGGGUUUUGGAAAUCACUAUUGGGUUGCUAGAGGAUGAUAAUGAGAAAGUUAGGAGAAAUUCAUCCAAUUUGAUUCGGGUUCUUCGCGGUGGAUGCAACCACCACCGGAUGAGCUGAUGAUGGAAAAGAAGAUGUGUUUUUUCCUCUGGAGGUUAGUUUUAUUUAUUUUUUUGGUUUUUGGUUUAUUGGGUCCGCCAUGUUGGAUGGGUCCUCUGUACAAAAUGAAAAGAAGAUCAAUUUUUUGUUGUGAAUGUGAUGAUAGGGUUCUUUUGUAUCUUGUAUAUUGAAUAAUGAUGAUUUGGGCUAGCUCUUUGUUGUUAGCUUAGCUGUUAAAAUGGGAAGGUUAUUGACUGAUCCUUUGAAAUUUGAAUUGUAUUGCUUCAUCACAGUUAGAAAAUUUCUCCUGGCUAACAUUUUACA